GAAACGGAAGAAAGGGCGGGCACGUGGGGCUCGGGGGUCCGGGGCUGGCGCGCAGGCGAGGGGCGCGUCCCGGGAGAGACCAUGUCGUCGCUCAGCUGCGGUACCGCUGUCUGCGUUGUCUGUUUGGAGAAACCCAAAUACCGCUGCCCCGCCUGCCGCGUGCCCUACUGCUCCUUGCCCUGCUUCCGGAAGCACAAAGAGCAGUGCAAGCCUGCAACUGGUCCUGUCGAGAAAAAAAUAAGAUCAGCUCUGACUGCAAAAACUAAAAAGCCAGUGGAAAACGAAGAUGAUGAUGACGUCUCUGUGGCUGAUUUUCUCAAUAGUGAUGAGGAAGAGGACAGAGUGUCUUUGCAGAAUUUAAAGAAUUUAGGUAAGUCUGCAGGGGAGUCUGCAGCACUGAGGAGCUUACUGCUCAACCCACACCUCAGACAGCUGAUGGUCGACCUCGAUCAGGCAGACGACAAGGCCAAGCUUAUGCGAGCCUGCAUGCAGGAGCCCUUGUUUGUGGAGUUUGCUGACUGCUGCUUGAGUAUCGUGGAGCCGUCUCAGAACGAGGAUCCUUAAGGUGGAUUACUGUGUUGCCUGCUCCUCCUGGGAGGCCGUCACGUGGGGGGCCCUGCCCAGGGGUGGCACUGCCAGGACUCAGCAGCUGACGUCAGGUGGGCCCCCCAGACCCCUUCCAGCACUGUGGGGGUACUCACGACGGCAGACCCGUAUGGAGAGAGAACUCAAUGUUCAAAUGGUGGUUUUUAAGUGUUUUAUUUUUGAUACAAUUAAGACAUAAAUAUUUACUGAGUUUCCACACCCAUUUGAGUAAAAACUUGCUCAGUGUUAAUAAAAUUUUGGUGUGGUGUUUCUUUGGUA